AUCCACUCGUACAGCUUAUAUACUAAACAAAAACUUUUGAAAACCGCCCUGAAACCUGAAACCCUCGUUUUCCAACACUUAGUGGGCACCUGCUCAAAGAAGAGCGAGAGAGAGCAUUUACAGAAUGACGGAGGUGAAGAGCAUGUUGAAAAGCGGUGCAGAGGAGAAGAGCAUGCUGAAAAACGGCGCAGAGGAGAAGAGCAUAGUGGAAAAUGAAGUAGAGUCCAAGAAGCCGAAUCGGAAAGCAAUUGUGAAGAGUGCUGAUAUGAGCGAGGAAAUGCAGGAGGAAGCCAUUCAAUGCGCUUCUCAGGCCCUGGACAUCCACGCUGUAGAGAAGGACGUUGCAGCGUAUAUCAAAAAAGAGUUUGACAAGAGGCAUGCGCCUACGUGGCACUGCAUCGUGGGGCGAAAUUUUGGCUCAUAUGUUACUCAUGAGACAAAGCAUUUCAUAUACUUUUAUCUGGAUCAGAUGGCAGUUCUCUUGUUCAAAUCAGGAUAAACCAAUGUGAGUUUGACAAACCAUAUAUUUUCCCUCUCUUGCAAUGUUCUUUUAUUGGAAGAAUAUUGCUGUUUCUUCUUUCCAGGUGUAUUCUGUAUUACAUAUACUUUCAAAAGUUACCUGGUGUUACCUACCUUCGGUGAGCUUUCUGGGCUUCAGUGAAUGAUUGUAAUUAUGGAUCCUAAUCUUCAGAUACAGACAUUGCCGGAAUGCUAAUGUACAUUUAGUGGCUGCUGGAAAAAUGCAACCGAUCUUGGUUGAUGGGUAGAAAGUGAUGUGAUUAGAACUCUGUUUAUUUCCAUUUACUUCCAUAUUAUUGUGGUUUCAUUUGGAAUCUAUAUAAUGGUGUUGCAACCAUCUAGGACUUUUUGUAAAAGUUGGUUAAGCUUGCCGGAUGAGAUUGAUUGUGCUAUAAAAGCAUUUUCUA